UUACCAACCUAGUAUGUUGUUUAGAUAAUUAACAAAUGGUUAGAAGUCAUUUUAAAUCCACAAAUUUUCUAAUGGAUUUUCAAUGUUAGGAUACAAAUAUAACUUUGAAAUUCUACUUAAGGUUCAAACUUUUUGUUUUAAGACUUCCUCUGAGUCACUAUUAUUCUUUUCAGAUUACCUUUUUAAGGCUACUAUAUUCUAUAACCUAAGGAAAGCUACCUUUUACCACCCUCCCAAUCUGACCAAAAGUCCAGAUUUAUAGGCUUAUCCUAAAAUUAACUCUCUUGUUUGAGCAGUGAAAAAAUGUACUGAAUAUCAAAUUUUUCAUUGAAUUGUUUUGAAAAAGACUUUAUUCUCGUUUGCUUUUUAGAUACCUUUAAAAAGUAGGUAAGAAGCUGGUUUAUAAUAGCGGAAAUUUUAUACAUGUAGAAUAAAUAGCAUAAAAUAAGUAAGUACAUAUUUAUGUGGAGAGAUCAAGGUUUCAGUUGUUUGAUUAUUUGAGCUUAAUAUUCCCAGUUUAAUCAUGCAAAUGAUAUUUAAUUUAUGUUUUGUCUAGAAACGUCAUCACUUACUUCUGUACUGGGGAACUGAGAACUCGGUUCCUGGAUACGCUUUUUUCAGAAAAUCAGAACAUCCAAACUAAAAUUUCUUCAGAACCCCUAAGCAUAAUCGUUUGGGACAGGGCAAGAAAUUUAGACUCCAAAGGUGGUCCUAGAAGGCGGAUGGCUUAAAGCCCUAAUUUUCUGCCCUGGGGAAGUGAUCAUUAGCACCAAAGAAGUCUGGGGCGGCUGGCGGCUGCUGCGUGCCCCCCGCAUCGCAAUCCCAUUGGCCUUGUCGCUGCCUUGCGCUCUUCUGAGCGGGCAAGAGCUGGGUGUAGCGCAAGAUAAAAACCCCUGAGGAAGAGCAGCGACUCUUCUAGCUCGGACUUCACCAGAUCUUACCCUCAGCUUACAAGUGGUACCAGAAUGCCCCUGCUCCGCUGGGUUCUGUAAGGAGACCCUGCCACUCAGCCUUUGCGUCCCUGUUUGGGGCUGGGGUCUAUCCAGGGUCCUGAUCGCUACUGUGGGAGCCUGGAGAAGCCUCCGCUGCGCUAAACGUUUUUCUGUGUGGCUCAAAGUGCGCUUACAGUUCCUACGUCCCCUUCCCCCUUCCCGACAGGGGAGGGAGUGCAGGAAAAUCAGCACUGAAAGGGGACCGUGUGGUACUGGAGGAUGCACCCUCAAACUAAGGGGAAGUUCUUUAUGGUGCCCAAAGCCUGGAUUUCUACCUCUUACUGGGCUUCCCCACUAGGAAGUCAUUUCGAGGACCACUGGACAGGUGGGUCAUUCUAGAGCUGGCUCACAAGAUUACCUCAGUUUGCUCUUUGGUAGCCAGGGAGCUUUUUGCCCUGUUAUCUCUUGAAUAGGAGUAGCAAACGUCAGCCUAGAGCUGAAGUAACUAAUGCUGGGUAGAAUGGGGCCCUUGCUAAGCGAAAAAGAAAGCUGGGAAUACUUAGCAGGCAGGUUUGUCCAGGAUGUGAAGGGAAAUGUUAGGGCUUUGAAGGCUCAGGUAUUGACCAGGCUUAUGCCUUGGACUGGUCUGGGUUUCUUGAUCAUUAGUACUAUUUUACCCCCUCUCUUUUCCUGGAAGCUUGGGCAACCAUGUACUCCGCUGUUUCCAGGGCUAACAGUGAGGGAGAAAGGUCUCCUUACUUGCGGGGAAGGGGGAUGCAGUAAGUUCAAUAGGGAUGGAACCCAUAGAUGGGAUAGGCAUACUCUUCUCAGCAUGGAGGCAGCCAUCCGUGCUUGAGAAAGUGGGUAUUAGGGCUGCGAGGUCCGCACUUCUGAGCCCCCUAUAGAAGGUGAUGGGUAGACGGUAGGGACAUUGGCAGGGUCCUCUGGAGCUAGGCCUUAGCUUUCCCACAGCUGUUAGGACUGCAGACUGCAGUGAGGUAGUUAUGAGCAUUCGCUAUAUAUUUUGGAGAAGGAAUAUAGGCCUUAGAUUAUGCCUCAAAUCUAGGAAGAGAAAAAUCAAUGAUUUCUGAAACCAGAAACAACCCCUUUAGCUGUCACUGUCUAAAGAUUCAUUAGUUAACUGAUGGUCGGUAACCUAGCUGUCUGCCUUAAAAAAAAACAACAGCAAUCAUUUAAUGUUUUAUUUUUUGAGAGGUGGGGGCUCUCCUCGACACUCGGGAGUUCCUGGGAGGGGCAAAAUGAUGAGUGAACCUGUGUUAAUGAAUCCCGUAAGGAACUGCGUUUCCCAGGAAAUUCCUGGCAUUUUUAGCUCGUGAAUAUCCUAAAGCCUGCUUGAUUUUCUCCUCCAUUCUGGGUCCUUUCAGAGAGGAAGGAGAGUGGGCUAGGGGCUGAAGGCUCGACAGGGCCUGGUUCAUCUGCAGAGCUGGCCGGGAACCUAGACUGGGCUCAGCCCUAAGCAGAGUUGCCCCCCUUCCCCAAAUCUCGGAAGGAGGAGGGGAGGUAGGCAGGCAGUCUUGGUCCCAAAGGGGGCUGGUGGGAGGUUUUUGGGUGAGUGUGGGGUUUCUUUUUGAUUGUUGUUUGGGGGGAAGGGCAUAGCUAGCUGGAACAGGCAUUGCGGGCACCCCGGCCCUGGUGCGGCCGCGGUCCUCUGCUCAGCUCCCCCCCGCCGAUCUCGCGAGAGUGGCUGACUGGCUGUGGGGGUUGCGGCGGCAGCAGGCGGAGCCGGGGAGGGAAAGCAGCGGCGGCUGAGGCGACUGAGGCGGCGGCGGGCGGAGCGGCAGCCGGCGGCGGCGAGGCGGCGGAGCGCAGCAUCAUGGCGGACCGAGACAGCGGCAGCGAGCAGGGUGGUGCGGCGCUGGGCUCGGGCGGCUCCCUGGGGCACCCGGGCUCCGGCUCGGGCUCCGGCGGGGGCGGUGGUGGCGGCGGGGGCGGCGGCGGCAGUGGCGGCGGCGGGGCCCCGGGGGGGCUGCAGCAUGAGACGCAGGAGCUGGCCUCCAAGCGGGUGGACAUCCAAAACAAGCGCUUCUACCUGGACGUGAAGCAGAACGCCAAGGGCCGCUUCCUGAAGAUCGCCGAGGUGGGCGCGGGCGGCAACAAGAGUCGCCUCACUCUCUCCAUGUCCGUGGCCGUGGAGUUCCGCGACUACCUGGGGGACUUCAUCGAGCACUACGCGCAGCUGGGCCCCAGCCAGCCGCCCGACCUGGCCCAGGCGCAGGACGAGCCGCGCCGGGCGCUCAAGAGCGAGUUCCUGGUGCGCGAGAACCGCAAGUACUACAUGGAUCUCAAGGAGAACCAGCGCGGCCGCUUCCUGCGCAUCCGCCAGACGGUCAAUCGGGGGCCCGGCCUGGGCUCCACGCAGGGCCAGACCAUUGCGCUGCCCGCGCAAGGGCUCAUCGAGUUCCGCGACGCUCUGGCCAAGCUCAUCGACGACUACGGAGUGGAGGAGGAGCCGGCAGAGCUGCCCGAGGGCACCUCCUUGACUGUGGACAACAAGCGCUUCUUCUUCGAUGUGGGCUCCAACAAGUACGGGGUGUUUAUGCGAGUGAGCGAGGUGAAACCCACCUACCGCAACUCCAUCACCGUGCCCUAUAAGGUGUGGGCCAAGUUCGGACACACCUUCUGCAAAUACUCGGAGGAGAUGAAGAAGAUUCAAGAGAAGCAGAGGGAGAAGCGAGCUGCCUGUGAGCAACUCCACCAGCAGCAGCAGCAGCAGCAGGAGGAAACCGCCGCUGCCACCCUGCUACUGCAGGGUGAGGAAGAAGGGGAAGAAGAUUGAUCAAACUGAAUGAAAAAAAACCCCCACACACAUGCAUACACACACACACACACACACACACACAACUACACACAGAGAAAAUAUACUGUAAAGAAAGAGAGAAAAUAAAAAGUAAAAAGUAAAAAAAAAAAACAAAAAAAAACUUAACUCCAAGGGAGCACCACCCACAGAACCUCCACCAACUGACAGUUUCUCUUCUUGACUUGCCACCCAUCGCUGGAUGUUGUCCACUUUAUCCACCAUAUAAAACAGUAAGCAGCUGCUAAAAAAAAAAUUACAAAAAGUAAUAACAUUAUAUGAACUGUGUUUCCUACUUGAUUAAAAAAUAUAAAGAACUGAGUGUUUAUUUCCCUAAUUAACCAAGAACUUUUGUACACGUUUAAGCUAUUAUUAUUAAAAGUGUUUGCAAAAUGGUCAAGAUUAUAAUAUUGCUGAAUUAUAUAAAAGUCCUUUUCAUGUUGAGCUAACAUUUGACUUUAGCACAAAAAAGAGAUAUUUUAGAACACGUAAAAUAAUAUUUUUAGUUUUUCUCAUUUUGUUACCAAAUUUCAAACCUUACAUGGAGGUUAUUAUAGUAUAUUUGACACCCUAUAUACCUGUGAUUAUAGAGAUGUGUAUAUAUAUGAGGGCUAGGCAUGCUGUGUGUCUGAGCUUUGUCUAAAUGUUAUGCAGAAGUUUGUAGAGUUAAAGGUACGUAGGUUUAAUUCAUGCAAGGUAAACAAUAAGUGCUCUCUUUUAUACAAUAUGCAUUGCAUCUGGACCUUAAACAUAUAAAAAUGGUCAGUGAAACUUCUGUGAACAUGAAGAAAUUAUUAAAAAAGGCAUUUAAAUGAAA